GAGAGAGGAGAGGGAGCCGAGCGGCCGGGCGGCGGCGACUCGCGGGGCCCGCGGCUCCGCCAAUCUGCGGGCGUUGACGCGGGGGGCGGCACCGGGCGUUCGGAUAUCUGCCCGCCCGGCGCGGGCAUCGCGAGGCUCCGCCGUGGGCACUGCACUCGGCUCGGCGCUGCACCUGCCGGGAUCGCCCUCCGCUCGGUGUGCCCCCCGCCGCUCCGCCUCCCCUGGAUCCCGCCUCCGGGCCGCAGCGAGAGGGCCCAGCCCAGCCCGAAGAGCCGCCUUUCUCCGCCGCCGGCCGGACGCGGCCAGCGGAGCCGGAUCGGAUUGCCCCUGGUCGCCACCGCCACCCCCAGCGGCGCGCCCAGCAGGCAUGGGGCGCCGCUCGGGGCCCCCGCGCGCCGGAUGAGCGCGGCGGCGCAGAGCCGGUCACUCGCCUGGGCCCCGGCUCCGCGGACCAGGACCUUGGGAUGGCCCGGCCGGCGCGCGCCCGGGCGGUGGGCGCUUCCCACGUGGCGCGGGCCUGCGAGCAUCCCCGGAGCGGGUAGCUGCCGGAAGCCGGAUGGACCUUGAUCCGCGCGGCGCCUGGUCCGUGCCGAGCCGAGCCUAGAGGGCGCCGGGAAGAUGAUCCAGGUGCGCCGGUUCCGCGUGCUCGUGCUGAUGGUGUUCCUCGUGGCCUGCGCGCUGCACAUCGCGCUGGACCUGCUGCCGCGGCUGGAGAGGCGCGCGCGGCCUCCGGGGGAGCCCGGCUGCUCCUGCGCGCAGCCCGGGGAGGCGGCGGCCGGCUGGGCCCAGGCGCGCGGCCGCCCCGGGGAGCCCUCCGCCGCCGGGGACCCGGGCUGGCCGCACAAGCACACGCUGCGCAUCCUGCAGGACUUCAGCUCCGACCCGGCCUCCAACCUCACUUCCCACUCGCUGGAGAAGCUGCCGCCCGCCGAGCCGGCCGAGGGCGCCGUGCGGGGCCAGGACCCCAGGGUGCCCCGACCCCGCGGCCCAGCGCACCGGCCUCCGCUUCAAGACCCCGGCCCCCGGCGGCCCGCGCCGCCGCCCGGCCCCAGCGGGGACGGCUCGCUCCUGGCCCGGCUGUUCGAACACCCGCUGUACCGGGUGGCCGUGCCCCCGCUGACCGAGGACGACGUCCUCUUCAACGUGAACAGCGACAUCAGGUUCAACCCCAAGGCGGCGGCGGCGGAGAACCCCAACUGGCCGCACGCCGGCCCCGAGGGCGAGGACUUCGCACCCACUGGGGAGGCGGCCGUGGACAGCUACCCCAACUGGCUCAAGUUCCACAUCGGCAUCAACCGGUAUGAGCUGUACUCCAGGGACAGCCCUGCGGUCGAUGCCCUGCUGCAGGACCUGGGCACCCAGAAGAUAACCAGUGUGGCCAUGAAGUCGGGGGGCACUCAGCUCAAGCUCAUCAUGACGUUCCAGAACUACGGGCAGGCCCUGUUCAAGCCCAUGAAGCAAACGAGAGAGCAGGAGACACCCCCUGACUUUUUCUAUUUCUCGGACUAUGAGAGGCACAAUGCGGAGAUCGCUGCCUUCCACCUGGACAGGAUCCUGGACUUCCGCCGUGUGCCCCCUGUGGCCGGCAGGAUGGUCAACAUGACACGGGAGAUCCGGGACGUCACGCGGGACAAGAAGCUGUGGAGAACCUUCUUCAUCUCCCCAGCCAACAACGUGUGCUUCUACGGGGAGUGCUCCUACUACUGCUCCACGGAGCACGCCCUGUGCGGGAAGCCGGACCAGAUCGAGGGCUCGCUGGCAGCCUUCCUGCCGGACCUGUCCCUGGCCAAGAGGAAGACGUGGCGGAACCCAUGGAGACGCUCGUACCACAAACGCAAGAAGGCGGAGUGGGAAGUGGACCCCGACUACUGCACCGCGGUGAAGCAGACACCCCCGUACGACCGCAGCCACCGCAUCCUGGACAUCAUGGACAUGACCAUCUUCGACUUCCUCAUGGGGAACAUGGACCGCCAUCACUACGAGACUUUUGAGAAGUUUGGGAACGACACCUUCAUCGUCCACCUGGACAACGGGAGAGGGUUUGGAAAAUACUCCCACGAUGAGCUUUCCAUUCUGGUUCCUUUACAGCAGUGCUGCAGGAUCCGCAAGUCCACCUACCUGCGGCUGCAGCUGCUGGCCAGGGAGGAGUACAAGCUGAGCCUGCUGAUGGCCGAGUCCCUGCGGCAGGACCGGGUGGCGCCCGUGCUAUUCCAGCCGCACCUGCAGGCCCUGGACCGGCGGCUGCGCCUGGUGCUGCAGGCCGUGGGCACCUGCGUGGAGAAGGACGGGCUGGGCCACGUGGUGCAGGACGACCUCCACCCCCUGGACCCCGGGCACAGAGGCUCGGCCGACAGGUAGUGACCACAGCCGCCGGCUGGUGCCGGGGACGGACAGGACACCCAAGCCGACUCGGCCGUGGGUCCUCCGGCCGCAGGUCCUCCAGCCGUGGGUCCCAGGACCCGCUCCACUGGCUUUAGAGACGGAGUGGCUGUGCAGGGAGCACGCGGCUGAGGGACAGGCGGCCCAGCAGCAGGCGCCCACCCUUUUGUGCGGAAGGAGCCUUUACCUGCUGUUUUGUAUUUAUACUCAGACAAUUUGUCUAUAAACAGAGACCAGACCCCAGACUCACGGACAGCCGCCCUGCGCCAGGCUCCCCGCCAGGCUCUCGCGCUGUGGACUUAACUUAAAACAAAAACUCUCCUCCCCCUUCCCGGCCGCACUGGGAGGCCCUCUGCGACCCCGGCUCCUGAGGCCAGCGUGGAUGGCGGACACACGUUUCUCAGUGACGAAACGACAGCUGCUGUUUCUCAGCGCCGCACUCCGGUGCCCGGGACCUUCCGGGAGGCGGCCGAGGGCCAGGCUUCGAUGGACCCGUGUGACUGUGUCACCCGGGCCCUACCCUGGUGAUUGUUGUGGAAUAGUUGCAAUGUGAUGGAAGUGCAAUAAAGAUUCAGCAAAGGUG